UAGAGAUGAUGUGGGUUGCGACCAGUGGCCCUUUUUCCUUGCCGCCAUCGCACGGGCAUUCUCGGAAUUAGCGACGACCCACGUGGGGGUUACUGGAGCGGUCGCCUUAAGACCAAAUUGGCCCGUCGCCCCAGCGCGAACGCAGCUCCCUCUGCGGAGACGGAGAGGUCUGCGUGACGUGGACGCGUGCACGGGGAACGGCGGCUCCGGAGAGCGGUGGAGGAGGAGACGUCCGUGUACGGGGCGGGGUGGAGAUGACGAGGCGAUGUUCGUACUGUAGCAACAACGGGCACAACUCGCGGACGUGCCCGGCGCGGGGAGGGGGCGUGCGCCUCUUUGGGGUGCGGCUGAUGGAAGGGACGGGGACCAUGAAGAAGAGUGCCAGCAUGGGGUGCCUCUCCUCUUCCUCGGCGUCCGCCGCGUUGUCCUCCCUCGCCGGCGCUAGCGCCGGCGCCGCCUCGCCGUCCGGCGGUGCGCUUGGUGACCACCACUACAGCACCGUCGCCGCCCCCGCCUCCGGUUACGCUUCCGAUGACCCAGCCCGUGCGUCCUGUUCUUCCAAUUGCCGCAGCGAGCGCAAGAAAGAUAUUGGUAUUGACUCUCUAGCUGAUCGCCUAGCAACUUUGAAAGCUCAGUGCACAAUUUCGGAAUCGGGUCCGAGUUUGGAAAUCAGAUCUUGUCAAAAAGUCAUAUCUAGUUUGGUUCAGGGGGUCCCUUGGACCGAAAAUGAGCAUCGGAUGUUCUUGAUGGGCCUUCAGAAACUGGGGAAAGGUGACUGGCGUGGAAUAGCUCGAAAUUUUGUUGUGUCUAGGACCCCAACACAAGUUGCAAGCCAUGCACAGAAAUAUUUCAUCCGACGGAGUAAUGCCUCAAGAAGGAAGAGGCAUUCUAGUUUGUUCGACAUUGUACCUGAAAUGCCAAUCGACGAGGCUCCUAACCAUGAAGAGCAGUUGUUGCCGCAUUCUCCUAAUGAACUGGAGAGCACCAGUCGGUUGCCAACUUUGCAUCUUGGUCUACAAGGACCUGAGCCUGCUGAACCCUCGACAACCAUGCAUGCUGCGCAACUCAUAGAAAGCAUUCCACGAAUGCAUAACAAUCAUCCAGUACCAAUGCUGCUACCGACAUUUUACCGAACCUUCAUACCUGUUCCUGGACCUUUCUGGCCGUCGAAUCAGAUCACCACUGCCAAAGAGGAAACGAUGAGGGAAACCCACAAGAUCGUAAUGCCUACUCCUGUUGUCCCAAAGGAGCCUGUGAAUGCGGAUGAGGUCGUCAGCAUGUCGAAGCUCAGCAUUGGUGAGGGCCUCCCACAUCACAUGGAUCCAUCUGCUCUCUCCCUCAGACCGAGCGGAACCUCCUCUAGUUCGAGGCAGUCUGCCUUCCACAUCGACUCUUCCAUUGCUGUGCCUGAUCUGAACCAAACUAACAGCAGUCCUAUCCAUGCAGUCUGAGGCAAGACACAAGUGGUGCAUGAGUUUGUUCUCUUUGCUCUCUGACAACAUAACUCCUGUUCUAAUAUCUGCAUCAGCCUCUAGCAUACCCAAUUCUCAUCCAAGUUGUUGUGCUUCUUUUGUUAAUAUUUGAACUCAAAUUCUUACUGAAUAAGGGUAUCCAGGAAAGCUGUUAUUUGUAUGCUAGUUUCAGUUCUUGUCGAAGGGACAUACUUUUGAACAUAGGGAAGUGAUAUAUCAUGCAAGCUUUGGGGCCAA